CCAGACACAGGGAGGAAAACAAGCCGGACGGACGGACGGACGCUCCUGCGCCAGCCCCAGACGUCCCUGUGCAGCCAUGGCCGGGGCCCUGCUCGAGCCCCACAAGCUGGUGCCCACCCCCUUUGAGGGGCAGCACUUCGACCCCUACGACUACUACAGCCUGACCGAACGCUACAGCAUGCCGGGCGGGUGCAGCCGGAAGGGCCGUUCCAAGCGGGAGGCCGCCGGGAAUACGAACCGGCCCAACCCUGCCGGCCACGAGCGCAAGAUUGCCCUGAAGCUGCAGCGCUCCGAGCGCCGGCGUGGCCAGGAGUGAGCCCACGCUCAGAGCCUCGCCAAGCAAACCUGGUUCCGGACUCCACGGCAACGCCACACGGACACAGAGACUAGCCGGACGGACACCCCUGCCAAGAUGGCCGAUGCCCGUCGAGGAGCGGGGCGCAUGGCGGCCAUGCUGACACUCCCGCGGGAGACGGGCGGUGAGGGGCCCCAAGCCACCUUGCUGGUGUGGGGGUGAUUUGGCUCAUUGCCAGCGGGGAAGAAGAGGGAAUUGUGGGGUGAGGGUGAAGGGGGGCAUCAAGGGGGCAGGUCUAUCCCCCCACCCCUCCUUUAAUAAAAACGCUUGACAUCUA